UGUAAACAGCAGAGCGCACACACCGGGACAAAGGAGUCAGAAACAUGUCGGAUGUCGGUUCUGAUGAGUUUGAUGAUGAACGCGGGAAACUCGGGGAGUAUGACGGCGGGAGGAACGGAGCCGGAGAGAGGCACGGAGCCGGGAGAGCCGUCCUGCCCAACGGGGACGUGUAUCAGGGCGGGUACGAGAGCGGCAGGAGGCACGGACAGGGGACAUAUUGCUUCAAGAAUGGGGCGAGAUAUGUUGGAGACUAUUACCAGAACAUGAAACAUGGACACGGCACCUUCUACUAUCCCGAUGGCUCUAAAUAUGAAGGUUUGUGGGUUGAGGACCUGAGGCAGGGUCAUGGUCUCUACACCUACCCCAAUGGAGAUGCUUAUGAGGGGGAGUGGCUUCAUCAUAUGAGGCAUGGCCAGGGCAUUUACAACUACCAGGAAACUGUCUCCAAGUACAAGGGCUCAUGGGUAAAUGGCAAGAUGGAGUCAGCUGGGGAGUAUAUCCACUCUAACAACAGAUACAUGGGUAACUUUGUCAACAAUAAU